UUUUCCGGUUUGAAAUUCGAACCAGGGCGACGAAAAUAACUCGUAUUUAGUUUAAUCGGUCUGGACCGGUCCCUGCCCUCGCGAAAGGUUCGUUCGCUUCGUUUCGUCUCGUUUCUGAAACCCUAACUUGGUACCGCGAUCGAUCAUGGCGACGAUCAGCCUUCGGAAGGCCAACACCCGCCUCCCCCCGGAAGUGAAUCGGGUCCUGUACGUACGCAACCUCCCAUUCAACAUCUCCAGUGAGGAGAUGUACGACAUCUUCGGCAAGUACGGCGCCAUCCGCCAGAUCCGCAUCGGAACGAACAAGGAUACCCGCGGGACCGCCUUCGUCGUCUACGAGGACAUCUACGACGCCAAGACUGCCGUCGACCACCUCUCCGGCUUCAACGUCGCCAACCGCUACCUCAUCGUCCUGUACUACCAGCAAGCCAAGAUGGCCAAGAAGUCCGACACCAAGAAGAAGGAGGAGGAGAUCACGCGUCUGCAGGAGAAGUACGGCAUCUCCACCUCCAAAGAUAAGUAAUUCUUCGCAAAGUCGUAAGCUUUAUCGAAUUAGUUUGUCGAAUUUGGGGCUUCUCGAAUCGAACGCUCUUUUCUAAAGUUUGUACGAAUUUGCGAUGGUUGAGAUGGUGUUUGAACUCUGGUUUUGCAUGCUACAUUGUGAACCCAUUUCAAUAGAAACCAAGCACAAUUAAGUGAUCAAGUUGAAAAUUUUGUUCGAAUUUACUGUCAAUUAUCCAGCAUUCAUGAU